UCAAAGUACUAAAAUAUGAUGAAAACGAACAAUGAAGUUAGUGAAGUUUCUUUUAUGAAAAGUUGGUUUGUAGUUUGUAUUCAAAUAUACGAUGACCUAAGGCCCCCUACAUCAUCAUCUCCAAAUGCACCCUCCGGGUCAAUCCCGCCACCAUUGUCUACAGUGGUGAACAACAUAGCUCAAGCUCUACCUGCAGAAAAGCUAGUGGAGGAACAGCGUCACGAUGUAACAAAACCAAGGCCACUUUCACCUUUUGCCAUGUACGAGGACUUAAAGCCUCCAACUUCUCCAUGUCCAACACCAAGGAUGUUGUAGAAAAAGUUACUGCCAACCAAUUUCUUAUUCAAAAUUUCCUCGAGGACUUGCUCGUUGAAGGACCUGCAUGGACUAUUUACUUGUGAUUCAUAAGAGGCAAAGAAUUGAAAUCGCAGGAGUACUUUUCGGUAUUUUUGGGUACCUUAUCGUCGCUUUAUAGUUGCUUAAUAUUACUCCAUUUUGAUUAUGUUGACCUGCUGUAAACCAACAACACUAUGAUACUGAAGUAUAAUAUCAUCUCUCUCUCUCUCUCGGAUAAUUUGCGCUCCUUAAG